AUGUAUCUUCUUGGAAGCAUUUUGGCCUCCGCCGUCUUGGUCGCGGCUCAGACCUCAACCCUCAUUCCCACUUCUUCAACCCCUUCAGCGGUCCCAUCUAGCUCCAGUUCUGCAGAGGCCUGCGCAAAGAUUGCCAAAUUCACCGGGGAUACCAACAAUAUCCCUGCUAAAAUCGCCCAUGAUUGUUUGACCUCCGUUCCAGUGGCCGUCGAGGAGGAUGAAGCCCUGAUCAACCAGCUUAAGCUCAUGUGGGAAUGGAAUUCCGAGACAGGCUGGUUGAAAAACACCCCUGAAACAUGGGAUCGAGGCUCGCUAGACCUCAUUAGCGAGCUAGACAAGAUUAAGGGCAACCUCAGCAACUAUGACAGCGAAUACGACGUGCACCUUGCGAUCCAGAAGCUGAGCAUCGACACCGGUAACUACCACUUCUUGUUCGGGUCUGACAUCCUCAGUAUUUUCUUAUUCUGGCGCGAAGUUGCGAUGACGACCAUCUCCGAUGACGGGUUGAAGGUUCCCAACACGUAUGUGGCAGGUGAUAUUAUCGCCCAGCAUGCCGACGACGGUGUUUCCAUCUCCCCAAUUACCAAGGUCAACGGCCAGGACGUGCAAGAGUAUCUGGAAAAGAUCGCCGACUGGGAGCAAUACACCAACCUGGACGCCCGUUAUAAUAACCUUUUAUUCCGGGAGGCUAAACCUGGCUCUUUAGUCUCUCCCGCCCAGGUGUUCUAUGGUGUUUAUGACGACGCAGCCACCACAGUCACCUUCAAGAAUGGUACCACGCGCAGAUACAACAAUAUUGCCACUGUAUCUGGAGUUGCAGAAAACAUUGACUGGAGCGAGGUCACCGACGGCAAGAGCCUCUUCAAGAUCCUGUCCAAGCUCAAGACUGCGGCCGACGAGCCGGAUACUUCUUCGGCUGCGCAGAAGGCUGCACGCCAUCUGUCCCGGAGGACAUUGAUUCCCCGUGACAAUACUAACUACCCAGAGCCCGUGGUGAACCAUAGCGACGCCAUGAUGGCCGGGUACUUUAUGGAUACGGUCAAUGAUGUUGCUGUCCUCCAGAUUAGUAGCUUUGACACGUCCUCUGUCGAUAACUCGACGGAAUCCUCGCGCGAGUUCCAGCGGUUGGUCAAAGAGUUCCUGGAGCAGUGUCAGGACAAGGACAAGAAGAAGCUCAUUCUAGAUCUCCGAGAAAAUCAAGGAGGCGAUGUUGAUCUUCUGCUCGAUACUUUCAUGCAGCUUUUUCCCGCCGAGAUGCCUUUCAGCGCCCAGCGGUAUCGGGCACAGGACGGAUAUAAGAGGGUUGGCGAUGCUCUCAAUGAGAUCAAGAAGAACGAUACCGCACAGGAAGAGUUCGAUUCCAACUGGUCUGAAGAUAUUUUGACUACUCACUGGGACUACGAGGAUUACGUCGACGUUAAUGGCGACAGCAUUCCUGACUGGGAUACUUGGCUCGGGCCCUUUACAUAUAACGAAGACAAUUUCACGCUCACCUCGCGCUAUAACAUGUCUAACAGCAACAAAAAUAGUGUUCUGGGCGAGGGUUUCAAGUUCGAGAACCCCUCAUCCGGACCGCCCAUUUUUGAGCCCGAAAACAUGGUCAUGCUUAUGGAUGGUCUUUGUGGUUCGUCCUGCGCCUCCUUCCACGAAGAGCUGAAGAACGUUGCGGGCGUCAAAUCCGUUGUGGUGGGUGGUCGCGCUAAGGAGGGCCCCAUGCAGGCUCUCGGAGGCACCAAAGGUGGUACCAUUCUAUCAUUCAGUGAAAUGUCGCAAACCAUCGCAGGUAUGAUAAAUGCGACUGAAGCGCUUGGCAUCGAGGGCUUCGAAACCCCCGAGCUAAAGGCACUUGCCAACCCGGAGGUCCUUCUCCGCCGCGCCGGCGUUGAUGGACAAAUCCAGAUCCAAGACCAGGUGCGAAAAGGCGACUCAUCCGAGUCCACAUUGCAGUACACGUAUGAAGACGCCGAUUGCCGUAUGUUCUGGACCACCAAGACACUGUUCGAGCCGCAAGCCUUGUGGGCCGCCGCUUGGGCGGCACACACGGAUGAAAACAAGUGUGUCAAGGGCUCGACGAAACAGCCCUCCAGUAUCAGUGGUGGCUUUAAGCCCUUUGGAGCGGGAGGCCUGAAAGGAUCCAUGGAACAGGAUGAUACGGCAACGUCAACCGGCGGACUUACUCGCAAGUUUUCCCUGGUUGCCUGCGCUGCUACCACCCUCCUGAGCUUCCUCCUAUGA